GUACGUAUGAAAAUAUCUGCUGUCUCUCUAAAAAAUGUAGAAGAUUUCACCGGACCUAGAGAAAGAAGUGAUCUGGGAUUCGUCACAUUUGACAUCACUGCAGAUCUGCAGAGUAUAUUUGACUGGAAUGUUAAACAAUUGUUUCUAUAUUUGUCUGCAGAAUAUUCAACGAAAAACAAUGCUCUAAACCAGGUGGUCCUUUGGGACAAGAUCAUGUUGCGAGGAGAUAACCCAAGGCUAUUCUUAAAAGACAUGAAGUCGAAAUACUUUUUCUUUGAUGAUGGAAAUGGUCUCAAGGGAAACAGGAACGUCACUUUGACUCUCUCUUGGAAUGUUGUACCAAACGCUGGCAUUCUACCUCUUGUAACAGGAUCAGGACAUGUGUCUGUACCCUUCCCAGAUACCUAUGAAACAACGAAAAGUUAUUAAAUUAUAAUACUGAAUCCUAAGCAAGAUAUUUUUAUACUUGUAUAUUGUGAAUAAAUUUUAUUGCGGUUUCUUCUUGCAUCCCAUGCAACCCUUCAGUGAAAGGUACUUAAUUUCCUCAAGUCUAACAGCAUAGGAAAAGGCAAAGAAAGCUCAAGGUUUUUUUUUAAAUAAAACAUUGAAGCUGAAACUUAAGGGAAAGGU